AUGGACGCGACUGAAAUUAAGAACUUCCUGGCAGACUCGCCCCCGAGCACUGUCAAGCUCGAGAUUAAAAAGCAUUUCGAUGCUCUGACUGACCAACAGGCUCGCUAUGCGCACUUUAUCAGCAGGGCUGCCUUCACCGGGACUCGUAUCACCCUCCGCCAGGUCUCCCCGGAAUCUGAGAGCAUCUUUGACUUCAUUGUCGAGCUAUACAAGGCCUCGAAUGGUGACUGGAAAGCCCUUCAAGAGAAGGCUGGAAUUUCUGCUGAAGAGCUUCAGCAAUUCCUCGAGUACGCUGCUCAAUUCCUAGGCAAUUGCGGUAACUACAAGGGGUUCGGAGACGUCAAAUUUGUACCAAGAUGUAGUGAGAAGGCAUUCGAUAACUUAGCUGCUGCGGCACCCAAAGCUGGGGUGCACUACAAGGCGACAAAGGGUGCUAUAUUCUCUAGCAAUAAGGAGGGGAUUAUGCAUCUAGGAUACCUUGAUGAAGGCCACAUGACUACGUAUUAUCCAGACUCGAAAGGAAUCACAAAAGCGGACAUUGCUGCGGUUUCAGACUACAUGGAGAAGAUAGGACUUCUGGUGGAAAACACUCGCCUCAGAAAGAAGACAGACGGAAACUUUGACUUGUUGAUAGCAUCAGCAGUAACCCAAGUUCCUGAAGCAGGUGGAGAUGUCGGCAAGAACACAGAGUUUGAGAUCGACAGCGGAUCUCUGAAGGGCAAGAAGUUGACGCUGAUAUAUGGUGACCACUCAAAGGAGAUGGGGCUAAUUGCCGCACUUCACAAGAAGGCGGCAGAGAAUUCUGCCAACGAUAAUCAGAAAAAGAUGCAACUCGCUUAUGCCAAGUCGUUCGAGGAAGGAUCGCUUGAAGCUUAUAAGGACUCCCAAAGAUACUGGAUCAGAGACAAGGGCCCGAUGGUCGAAUCUAACAUCGGCUUCGUUGAGACCUAUCGAGAUCCUCAUGGUGUACGUGGAGAGUGGGAAGGUUUUGCCGCUACCGUCAACUUGGAGCGUACAAGAGCAUUCGGCUCCCUAGUCGAUGCCGCUGAAGCAAUGAUCCCCAAGCUUCCAUGGUCGGCGGAAUUCGAAAAGGACAAGUUCCUGAGCCCCGAUUUCACUAGUUUGGAAGUAUUGUCAUUUGCUGGCUCAGGCAUCCCUGCGGGCAUCAAUAUUCCAAACUACGACGAUAUCAGACAAUCAGAGGGAUUCAAAAACGUCAGCUUGGGUAAUGUUCUCAGCGCCAAGGCCCCCAAUGAGAAGAUUCCAUUCAUCUCUGAGGCCGAUCUCCCAAUCUAUCAAAAGUACAGUGAUGCAGCUUUCGAGGUGCAGGUUGGCAUCCAUGAACUUCUUGGCCACGGCACCGGUAAGCUUCUGCAAGAGACCGAACCAGGAAAGUUCAACUUUGAUCCAAAAAACCCUCCUAUCAGCCCUAUAACGAACAGGCCCGUCACCACUUAUUACAAGCCUGGCCAGACCUGGGGCUCAGUAUUCGGUAGUGUUGCUUCAAGUUACGAAGAGUGCAGAGCCGAGUGUGUUGCCAUGGCGUUGAGCUGUGACUUUGAGAUUCUGAAAAUCUUUGGCUUCGGAGAUGGAACGCCUAAUAUGGACGGCGACGCUGGAGAUGUGCUUUAUGCAUCCUACCUGUCUAUGGCACGCGCCGGAGUUGCCUCCCUUGAGAUGUGGGACCCUGCCUCUAGAAAAUGGGGACAAGCCCAUUCUCAAGCCCGCUACAGCAUUCUGAAGUGUUUCCUUGCUGCUCCAGAUAACUUCUGCAAGCUGGACUACAAGAAUGAGGACCUCUCUGAUCUUACAAUCAAGAUUGACCGAAGUAAGAUAACAACUGUUGGACGGAAGGCUGUCGAGUCGUACCUCCAAAAGCUCCACAUCUACAAGUCGGUUGCUGAUAAAGAGGCUGGUACCAACCUCUAUGCUGAGAUGACCGAGGUGGAGCCUGAGUUCUGGGGCAAGACUAUCAGAAAUGAAGUUCUGAGAAACAAGCAGCCAAGAAAGGUGUUCGUUCAAGCCAACACGGUUUUAGAUGAGGCGACGGGAAAGGUUUCGUUGGUGGAAUAUGAGCCUAGUCUCGAGGGUAUGGUGAAGAGCUACGCCGAUAGAGAGGUUUGA